CGACAACGGUAAUCGAGCGCCGUUUUCUUUUCUUCACCAUUCUUAUUAUUCUUCAAAAAUGCCUCGCGCUGAAGCUGGAAGUACAAAGGCGAUUAGCAACAAGAUCAAAUCUAAAGGUUUAGGGCGGUUGCGAUGGUACUGUCAGGCAUGCGAGCGUCAGAUGCGAGAUGAAAACGGCUUCAAAUGUCAUGUCCAGAGCGAAAGUCACGUCCGGCAGGUGUUGCUGAUCGGUGAAGACCCGAAGAAAUACAUCCAAGACUACAGUAAACAGUUUAUGGACAAUUUCGUCAGCCUUCUCAGGUCUACGCAUGGAGAGAAGCAGGUCCAUAUAAACCAGUUCUAUCAGCAAGUUAUUGCCGAUAAGGAGCAUAUUCACAUGAACGCUACACAAUGGAAGAGUCUUACACAAUUUGCAGCACACCUAGGCCGGGAAGGAAUCUGUCGCGUGGAGGAAACCGAGAAGGGCCUUUUCGUAUCGUGGAUCGAUAAUAGCCCGGAGACAAUGAGGCGAAGAGAGGCCGUUCUCAAGAAGGAACGACAAGAUCGAGGCGACGAAGAGAGGGAACAGCGCGAAAUACAACAGCAGGUUGAACGGGCCCGACAGAAUGCGGAUAAGGAGGAAGAAGUGGAUCCCGAAGCCAAGGUGCUGCAGCGGAAGGAGGGUGAGAAGGUGAAGCUCAAUAUUGGAUUCGGCUCUAAGUCUAAUGCUGAGUCGAAAUCCGAAUCACCAAAGACGGAAUCGCCAGAGGAAAAGGAUAACAGUGCCACCCCAGCCGCGUCAGACGCUGCUCAGGCCCCUGCGGCCCCUGCUCAGGCUGCGCCAAAAUUAUCCGUCUCGUUUGGAAACAAAAAGCCAAAGAAUGUCUUCGCCUCUGCGGUGAAGAAGAAUCCGCUUGCUGGAAAGAAGGGGCCGGUUAUGGAGCAGCCAAAGAAGAUGACCGAACAGGAAAGAAUCAUGAAGGCUGAGAUGGAAGCGAUGGAACGCAAGCGCAUGCGUGGUGACUCUGGAUUCUCAAAUGCCAAGCGUCCCAAGAUUUCUUGAAUUGGAUGUAUCCCAACCCUGGCGCCACUUUCUUUGGCAUAGCCAACAAUCUCGAUAUCACGCGCCCUGCUUUCUCUUCAAACAAGGAACCCUCCAGGGCUUGAUUUGAAAGGUUAUUACCAUGGCAGCAAACCCCACCGAAUACCCCAAGACGACAGUUUGAUUUAUUUGCUGCUCUUCUUAAUCAUAUCCGCGAUGGUUUUCGCUGGAUGCGGAUAUUCGGGCUUAGCUUCAACCACUUGAUUGAACAUGUGGACUUUGCUACAGCAUAUUGCAGGUUACUAUUACAAGUGUAAUGCAUCCUGUACCCCAGGCUUGACGCAGUGCGCAGAUACCAGCCGCUGGGCUUCGCACUCGCGAAUGCGAUGAAAUCCCAUUAAUAGCCAAUGGCCAGCUACU